AUGGCGGACCUCCACGACGCCGGUCGCCUCCUCCUUGACGGCCCCUGCGACCCCGACGCCCAGGCCACCGUUACCGACUAUAUCGACUACACCGAGUACCUCCCCGCCGACCUCAUCCGCUCCCUGACCCUCAUCCGCGGCCUCGACGAGCGCUACAUCGACGCCGCCCAGGGCGUCCACGAUCUCUCCCGCACAUACGGCCAGCUGCCCUCCCUCCCCGCCGACGACCGCCCCGACCCCCGCGCCCUGCGCAAGGACAUCUCCGCCCAUCUCGACCGCGCCAUCAACGCCCGCGAGUCCGCCUACGCCGAGGCCUGCCGCCUAUACGAGGUCAUCGACCGCCACUUCAACCGCCUCGACAGCAUCAAGCAGAAGCUCGAGGCCCUCCCCAAGCCCGCCUCGCGCGAACCCACCCCACCGCCCGUCCAGCCCCUGCCAGCCUCCAAACGCGCCCGCGCCUCCAAGAAAGCCGACGAGGCCGCCGCCCCGCCCACCACAACCCGCAUCACCCUGCGCUUGGAUAGCCAUGAUACCACGCGUGCCAGCGCCGCGCAGAAGUCGCGCACGCGCCGCUCCAUCAUCUCCGCGGAGCAUCUGGCCGACCUGCACCCCGAUUCGCCCAUCGCCAGCACCGAGCACUCCGAUGUCGAAGGAGACACGAAGAUGACGUCCUCGGAGUCGCCCGCCGCGCCAAGCGCCGCCCCGACCAAGAAGGAGAAGGCGCGUCGACGCUCGCGGGUCUCCGCGCUGGGUCCCGCCACGGCAUCCGGCUCGGGCCCUGCCUUGUCGACCAGCAAUGCGUUGGCGAUGCUGAAACCCCCUCCCGAGGAUGCCCAGCCUGGGAGCCCGGAUAUGCCCUGGCUGCGUCUCACCGAGUGGGAGAUGACCAAGCUGCGCAAGAAGAUGAAGAAGAACGCCGUGUGGCAGCCCAGCGAGGUCAUGAUCCACCGCGAGCUGGCCCUCCGCGGCCGCGGCUGGGAGGCCUACCGCGCCGCAAAGAUGCAGGCCGACGCGACGGGGGCGGCGUUCAUCGACUGUGACGACAUCAUGAACACCUACGUGCCGGGCAAGCUGAUGAAGCGCAGCGAGGCCAAUGGGGAUACCGAGGCCACGUAUGAGACCAAGCUGAGCAACCGCGGCAUGAAGCUGAACGAGGCCAAGAAGCUCAAGCGGGAGAACCAAGCUCGCGAACAGGCGGCGGCUCUGGCCGCUGCCGCCGCGCAAGAACAGGGAACGGGGCAACCGGUGCUCGAGGCGCCCCCGGUUAUCCCUCAGGAAAACCCAGCGAAGCCCAGUCGAACGGGGAAGAAGAGAAAGUUUGAAGAAGCCACACCUACAGAGGUUGCCCCUGUUCCUGCUCCCACCCCUGUCUCUACUGCCGCUCCCUUUCCAUCCCCAGCAGGUGUAGAGGCUGUGGACGAGGCUAUGGACGAGGCUGCAGAUGAAGCUGCAGAUGAGGCGGUAGAGCAGGUGGCAGAGGAGGUGGCAGAUGAUGAAGUCGCCAACGAAGCCGCAGAUGAAGCGGAUGAAACCAUGAAAGACGACGCCACCAGUGAAUCCGAUGAAGCCGUAGACAAAGUCGCAGGUGGGGAUGCAGAUGAAGUCGAAGAGGCCGCAGUUGAAGCCACCGAAUUCGACAAGACCUCGGAUGAAGCCGCACUGGAAGCCUCAGAUGAUGUCAAUGAAUUUGCAAACGAAGGCGCAAGUAAAGCCGAAAAGGAAACCAGUCAAGCUGCAGAAGCCGGAGCAGAAGCUGCUCUAACGGCCCCCACCGCUUCCCCGGAAGUCGAGACUCGGUCUUCGCUGCGGAGUGCGAAGCGUCGCCGCACUAGCAAAGACUCCCACACCCCCGUUGACCCCAUUCCCGAAGCCCCCACAGCCCCGGCCGCGGAGGCCCCAGAAAAGCCAAAACCGGCGUCUCCAACCGAGCCCAAGCGCUCUCAGCCUCCGACGGCGAUCAAAGCUGCCUCGCCGCCCGCGACCCGACCCUCCUCGCGCCGCUCGGCCGCUCUUUCCCUCGAGCCGACCUCCAACGUCAGCGCCGUCGCGACCUCUGGACGAGACCUCCGCCGCAAGAGCGCCACGCCUGCGCGGCGGACCCCGGUACCGGAAACCGCCCGCGCCGCCAGCGCCAGCGCGCCCCCUCGCAAGCGCAAGCGCCCGGCCCCAGGACCGGUAUCUUCGGGGCAAGAUGGCGGCGCGGCGGUCAGCUACGGCCGGCGCAAGGCCAAGCCCGGGAAGAAGCGGAUCGCGACGCGGGAGGUCGGACUGAAGGACGGGACCCUGGCGCGGGAGGAUAUCCGGAUCGACGAGGACGGGGUGCUGGAGGAGAUCGAUCCCAACGAGCCGCGCUACUGCAUGUGUGGCGACGUGAGCUUCGGGACGAUGAUCUGCUGUGAAAACCCAGACUGCGAUCGCGAAUGGUUCCAUCUCGACUGCAUCGGGCUGUCCGAGGUGCCCAGCCGGACGGCCAAGUGGUACUGCCCGGACUGCCGGGUGCGGUUCAAGAAGGGGGUGGACGGGAUUGUGAAGAGUAAUCCGCGUCGAUGA